AUGCCGCCGCCUCGGGCUCAGCAGCCACAGUCGCCGUUCCUCGCUACGGCCCUGGUGUAUCCUGGCGGCGCCGGCAGCAGCAGCAGCACGAGCACGAGCGCGGGCAGCUUCACCGGCGGCGACGUGGCUGGCCUUAGCCCGGGCAGCAGUAGCGCCGGCAUGGGCAUGGGCAUGGCUUCAGCUUCAGCUUCAGCUGCUCGACACGGCCAGGACGCCUCGCUGUCGCUGGCCCCGUUGACGUCGCCCAUUGGCGUCGGAGGAGCUGGAGGCCAAAGCCACCAGCAGCAGCAGCAGCAGCAGGACCUACACUUCGUCGAUGCUGCUGCUGCUGACUCGGCUGGACUUCACACCGCCAGCUCCAGCAUCAGCCUCGGCGGCCCGUCGUCGCCCUUGGACGCCGCCGACCUGUCCAGCCGCCGCCCGGGCAAGCGUCCGGCCGCCCGCGGCACGGCCUUUUACCCCCGGAAGCGCGCCAACACGGCCUGCCAGGUGUGCAGGGCGCGCAAGACAAAGUGCGACAACAAGAAGCCCGCCUGCAGCUACUGCGUCAGCGUGGGCGCCACGUGCAUCCAGUCGCCCGUCGACCUGUCCAGCUUCGACCCCGCCAGCCUCAAGAUCCUCGAUCGCAUCGACGAGCUGGAGCGCCUGCUGCGCCAUGCCGUGCCCAUCCCUGGCGCUGGGUCUGGGGGAUCAACGUCCGGAUCUGGGCCCGGGGCCGGGAUCGCCUCCUCCCCCGGUGCGGGUGCGGGUGCGGCGGCGCCACAGCCGGCUCUGGCGCCUCCCGGGCCCGGCUCCGCGUUCGCCGGCCACCAGCAGCGCCUCCCCCCGCUGAGGGCCGGCGGCUUCGACCUGCACGGCCACAGUUCCAGCAUCAGCAGCCUCAAGCACGCCGACGACGACGCCGUCACCAUCAGCAGCCUGCUGCCCCAGCGUGUGGAUCACAUCCUGCAGUGGCCCAUCUUCCACAAUUCCGGGUCCCACCACCACUCGCCAGCCUCUUAUCGCGCCCCUCCCGAUGCUAUCGCGACACCUCCCUCGGGAUCGGCCUCGCUGGCUGGCCUUAUCGAUAUGGACUCGCACCGGAUAUACCGUCUGCUGGACAACUUCUUCCUGCACAUCCACUGCAAGAACCCGAUUCUCGACGAGGUGCUGGCCCGUCGCAUGGUUCUGAAUGCCUUUCUCGACGGCAUAGACUGGUCGCCCGCCUCUUGUUUAGCUCUGAUCAUCUGCGCCCUUGGCUGUAUCGCUACGCCCUUUGGCCCCAGCGGCGAGACCAAGCUGGGCACGCAGACGUACAAUGACUCGCAAAUCUUCUUCCAGGCCGCCCAGAAGCGCAUCGGCAUCCUGCUCGUGCGCUCCGACAUUGUGGGCGCGCAGUGCCUGUUCCUGUCGGGCAUCUACCUGAUGAUGGUCUUCCAGCCCGUCUACGCCUGGCGCUUCUUCUCCCAGGCCCUGGCUGCCUGUCAGCACUUCCCCUUCCUCGCCCGCGCCCAGAACCUCAACGCCUCACUCGACUCCAUGGAGAUGGGCCGCCAGGACACGCAGGAGCAGGCCGUCUACUGGUCCGCCUGGAAAUCCGAGCGCGAGCUGCGCCAGGAGCUGGACCUGCCCGACUUUGACAUCCUGCACGCUGGCAGCACGCUGUACCCGCCCUUUUUUCCCGCGCCGCCGGUAGCCCCAGCCGAGUCCCCGGACGGGCCCGACUCUGAGACGCAGCGCGCUCGAGCCGCCUGGCUGUUCUACCUGGCCGAGAUCUCGCUGCGCCGCCUCACCAGUCGCCUGUCGCGCGAAGUGCUGGACCUGCGCCAAAAGUACUCCUCGGACGCGGUGCUGCUCGACAUGCUGCUCGACAUGAUGCCCGAGUACGAGGCCCAGAUCGGGGAGUGGUCCGAGAGCCUGCCCGCGGACCUCUCCAUCCACACCCCCGUCGAAGAGGACGGCAUCUGCCGCUCCGUCCUGCGCGGCCGCAUGAUCAACCUCUUUGAGCAGCUCUACUGGCCCUUUGUCAUGGCCAGCAUCAGCGCCCACGUCGCGCGCCGCCCGGUGAAACCCGCCGUCGCCGACUUCGCCAAGCGCGGGCUCGAGACGCACAUGCACCAAGUACGCGUCAACAAGCCAGGCUUCCACCACCGGCACCACGGCAGCAUGUUCAUGAUUCGCGCGUGCACUCGCAGCGCGCUGGUGCUGCUGGCGGCGGCGAGGGCCGGGUGCGGCAUGCCGACGGACUGGGAGGAUUCGGUGUACAAGACGGUGGGGAUGCUGGCGUACUGGGAGGACGAGGACAGGGACUUGAUACAUUGGCGGGCGACGCUGGAGCGGGAGCUUUCGUUGACGCGGCAUGAAUGA